AAACAUCCACCAUGGCCACAGGGACAUCCUGCUCGACCGAGUGCAUCAAGGGCUCAAUUCACGCAGGCAAUCCCAAAGGUACUAUCGAACAACUCCAUGGCCUCUCCGUUUACAUGGUUGGAAAUCGAACCACUCCACGGGCAGUCAUCUGCAUGUACUCGGACAUCUUCGGACUAGGUCUUCCCAACAACAAGAUCAUCGCCGAUGCCUAUGCCGAGUCAGGAGAGUACCUAGUGCUACUCCCUGAUUUCUUCAAGGGCGAUCCGGUUGGAUUGAAGGUUGCUGAUGCAUUGCUCCCUGUUGACGCCGCAGCCCAGAGUACCUUUGCCAAGUACACAGGUAUCCUGACGAACAUACCAUCUUUUCUCAUGUGGCAGAGGAGGCAUGGGAAGGCGGAGUCAGAUAAGAUCUGCCUCGACUUUAUGCGGGAGCUGAGACGGGCGACGCCGAGCGAAAGGAAGAUCGGCAUGGUCGGAUUUUGCUGGGGAGGGAAGUAUGCUGUUCGCACGGGAUUGGAGAGCAGCAUGAUCGAGAUGGAGGGAGUGAAGAGGCCGCUUGUCGACGCGAUCGUGGCGCUGCACCCAAGUCACUUGGUUGUUCCUGACGACGUCGAGGACUUAAUGGUUCCCACGAGCUUCGGGUGGGGCGUAGAGGAUUUUGCCGUAAGUUAUGAAACGAAGAGCAAGGUGGAGGCAUGUCAUGCCAAAGCACAAAAGGAGCGCAAGGGGUUUCCGGAGAUCGAACACAAAUCGUACAAGCCCGGGAGACAUGGGUUCGCGGUCAGAGGCAACCCAGACGACCCACAGGAGAGGAAGGCCUUGGAGGAUUCAGAGAAGCAGGUGCUCGCGUGGUUCGAGAGGUGGCUUUGAAGCUGCUCCACAAAUUGUGUAUAGUUGUACCUAGGUGAACCGCAGCCUGAAGUACCGCUGUGUUCUGCGUUAGUCCGCGUCAAUGUAGCAUGUACUGGGUACCUCCAGGCUACAGGGUCAUUCUGGUACAAUCGGAAUAAUGUGCUUCGUAGUCCUAAAUUGGUAUAUCGUCUCCGCAUAUCCAAGCAUUCCCUAGAUGCGGCCCAGCGCCAUACGCCCAUCCUCAGCCCUUUGCAGAGCUCAUUAGUUCCGCCUGUACUUUAGUGGAAUGUUCUUCUCCACGACGCCCCUGAGCUCCAGCCUCUCCCACUCCUCUUGUGCUGCCUCCUUCUCUUCAUGCAUCUUGAAAUGCGCGAUAUCCUCGGGGUGGUUCAAGUCC